AUGGCACACAACGAAUACAACUACAACCAAAUCCUCUCACCUCAGGAGGAGCGCCAAGCACAGCCCUCGCCACGCCCACCAACCCUCCAAACCAUCUCUCCCCCCCGUCCUCCCCCCAUCGAGAUUCUCUCCAUCAAGUUCGCAACUUCACUGCCACCAAGCACCUCCCCCCAACUCCCCCCAACAGCCAGCCCAGCCCCCGUCUCCGACCUCCCCUACAAGCUCGAGCUCGACUUCCACAUCCGCUACACCGCCCACCCCCGCCCCAUCGACAUCCACCUCGCCAUCCUCCCCCACCGCAUCCCAGCCCAGAGCCUCUUCCACCAGACGCCCCCCACCCAGCCCGAUCUACAGUCCUACUACCUCCACCAGCUCGCGCCCCUCUGCUACCGCGACCUCGACCUCAACCCAUCCGUCCGGGCCCUCGGCCGCCAGACCCUCGACCGCCUAACCCACCGCAUCCUCCUCUUCUGCGAGCGCCACCUCCGCCCCGUCCUCGCCGCGCUCGCCGACGCCGGCCCCGUGAUCCUGGAGCCGAUCCCGCUCGUCACGAACGACGUGGCCAGGGAGGAGGGGCUGGGCCACAGUUUCGUGCCCGGCAGGGGGAUGCCGCGGGGUCGCGUCACGGGGGCUCUGCAGCCCGUCAUACCUGAAAAGUCUCAAGCAAGAUAA